AUUAUUUGUUCCCCGCCGUCGUACGCAUUGUGUUUCAACGUUCCAUUGUGAGUACUGAGCUCGUAACUCGGCAUUAUUCGCCCAAAGCACCGACGCUCGAGCGCCCGUCAACAGAAUUUUCAUUUCUUUGGACCGUUUUGAGCUCCAGUCUCCAUUUUGAGCCUUCGUUAUACCCAUCAUUCGUCCGCACUCUGAAAUCAUGUUCAAACUCUCGCUGCUGUGUGUGGCAGCCGUUCUCGCUGUGGCCAGCCAAGAGGCGCAAGGAAAAAUGACCUGUAAACUGCCUCAGGUCCAAAUUCCAGACGAUUGGAUCACCAUGGUUGACCCAUGUACGAAAAAAAUGAAAGAGCAGGUCCAGGAAGAACUCACUGCAGCAAUGACAUAUUUUGCAAUGGGAGCACAUUUUUCGAAGGACACAGUGAAUCGUCCAGGAUUUGCAAAAAUAUUCUUUGAUAGUGCCAGCGAAGAACGUGACCAUGCCAUUAAAAUUAUUGGAUAUUUGUUGAUGAGAGGAGGUUUGACCAAAGACAUCAGUCAAUUAAUCCGUGACCCUCAACCUUUAUCUGAAGCAUGGACUGAUGGUUUAAGUGCAUUGAAAGAUGCUUUAAAAUUGGAAGCUCAUGUCACUCGUAAGAUAAGAGAUAUUGCCACCACAUGUGAGGAACCUGGACGUGAUGGACAAGAUUUCAACGACUAUCAUUUAGUUGAUUGGUUGACUGGUGAUUUCUUGACUGAACAAUAUGAAGGUCAGCGUGAUUUAGCUGGUAAAAUAUCCAAUCUUGGUAAGAUGUUGGAAGCACAUGGAGCUCUUGGUGAGUUCCUCUUUGACAAGAAACUUUUGAAUGGAGUUUCAAUUUAAUUUACAUUUUUAUGAACAAAAUAAUGAACUACCCUUAAUUAUGAACAUUACCCAAACAUUUUUUUUUUUUUUUUUUUUAUGUAAUUAUGUAAAAUGAUUACUAUUCAUUGAUAAACUUAUUCGUAAAAUUAACCAACUAUGGUAUUUUAGCAUAGUAAAUGAUAAAAUACAAUUUUAUUAUAUUUUUCACAAACAUAAUUUAAAAAUAAACAUAUAUUUAUUACUACAUUGUAUUACAUUAUUUUCUUUUUUUAAUAUUAUUUAAUUAGUGUAAAAUUAAAUUAUUAUUUAAAAUGUUGGCCAUAAUACCUACUUUUAAUCCAAUUAAACAUAUGAUAUUAUUUUAUUUGUAACUUUGUAAGUAAUUGUUGCACUCUGAAACUUAAAGUCAAUCACAAUAAACCAAAUUUGUAUCUUUUA